UGUGACCCCUUGCUGAGCCCAACAGAGCGAUGCUGCUUAAUUAGAGCUUUUAAUGUGCCGUGGAGCUGGUGCGUGUUACAAGGAGCCGCCGGGGCCGGAGGAUGCUUAGGACCCAGGGGAAGCGCUGUGGAGCCUGCCUGGCUGGGCUUGGAACGGCUCCUGCCUCCGCGGCCGGGACUUCUCAGGUGUCCCGGUACAGAGCGGAGCCGUGGCAGAGCGGCAGCUGCCCCUGCCCCACCUCCGUGCCCAUGCUCCGGACCCCCUGGGCACCCAUGUGCUGGCCCGGGGACCCCUUCGCACCAUGAAUGACCAGUACCACCGAGCUGCCCGGGAUGGCUACCUGGACCUGCUGAAGGAAGCCACCAAGAAGGACCUGAACUCGCCAGACGAGGAUGGCAUGACCCCGACCCUAUGGGCCGCCUACCACGGCAACCUGGACGCCCUGCGCCUCAUUGUCAGCAGAGGGGGUGAUCCAGACAAAUGUGACAUCUGGGGGAACACCCCCCUCCACCUGGCAGCAGCCAAUGGCCACCUGAACUGCCUCUCCUUCCUCAUCUCCUUUGGGGCCAACAUCUGGUGCCUGGACAAUGACUACCACACCCCACUGGACAUGGCAGCCAUGAAGGGGCACAUGGAGUGUGUGCGGUACCUGGACUCGAUUGCUGCCAAGCAGAGCAACCUCAACCCCAAGCUGGUGAGCAAACUGAAGGACAAGGCCUUUCGGGAUGCGGAGCGGAGGAUUAAGGACUGCGUGAAGCUGCAGAAGAAGCACCACGAAAGGAUGGAGAAACGGUACAGAAAGGAGAUGUCAGAUAAUUCAGAUACCAUGAGCUUUUCCAGCUACUCAAGCAGCACCUUAAGCAAGAAGUUCCAGCACAUGUCUAUGGUGACUUCCUUGCCAUACUCACAAGCCACCAUCCAUGGCACAGCCAAGGGAAAGACGAAAAUACAAAAGAAAUUAGAGAAGAAGAAGCAGGUGGACGGGACAUUCAAGAUCUACGAGGAUGGCAGGAAAAGCGUGCGGUCCCUGUCUGGUCUGCAGCUGGGCAACGACGUCAUGUUUGUGAAGCAGGGCACAUACGCCAGCCCCAAGGAGUGGACUCGCCGCAAUAUCCGAGACAUGUUCCUCACAGAGGAAGACACUGUCUCCCGUGCCAUAAGCGACCCAGGUUUGCACAUGGACUCGGCCCACUCAGAGGUCAGCACUGACUCUGGACACGACUCCUUGUUCAACCGCCCCGGGCUGGGCACCAUGGUGUUCCGGCGCAACUACGUGAGCAGCGGGCUCUUCGGGAUCGGCCGGGAGGACGGGGCCACGCCGGGGGAGGACAGCGCCGACGGGAUGGGCGUCAGACUGCGGAGCCGCCUGCAGCGCUCGCCAAGUCUCAACGACAGCAUUGGCAGUGCCAACAGCCUGCAGGAGAGGAACGAGGAGGAGCUGCCCUGGGAUGAGGUGGAGCUGGGCUUAGAUGAUGAUGAUGAACCAGACACAAGCCCCUUGGAAACUUUUCUGGCUUCCCUGCACAUGUUUGAAUUCAUCUCCAUCCUGAAGAAGGAAAAGAUUGACUUGGAGGCCCUCAUGCUGUGUUCAGACAAUGACCUGAAGAGCAUCAAUAUCCCUUUGGGCCCCAGGAAAAAGAUUGUGGAUGCCAUCCAGAGGAGAAGACAAACGCUGGAGAAGCCAGAUGUCAUUGUAGACACUGAACUGUAA